AAAAAGAAAAAAAUCUAUUCCAAGGUGAACAAAAUGCCACGAUAAAGACUUUCAAGUACAUACAGGCCAAAUCAGCCACAUGUGUACUUUAGAAAAGUCAAUAUAGGCAUAGAUACGAUAUUCAUCAUAAAAUAUCCAUUAUCUUUCACAAUGGACCAUAAAAAAGAUGGCAAAAAAAUAUUUUUUUAAACUUCCGGUUAAAAGAAAAUACUAAAAUAGACUUUAACACAUGUUUUGUAUGAUCUAGAGAUUCUAGAGUGUAGAUCUAUUCUAUAAUCUAAUCUCUGAAAUUAAAUAUAGAUUAGGUCUAGUUAUAUAAAAUAGAUCUAGAAUUUAGUAAAAUGUCGAAAAUUAAAAGUUCGUUAUUUGAUGAAAUUUUUAAAUUGCAAAGUUCUGCUCCCGAAGUUGACAUCGAUCCCGAAGAUCCCAUCGAUGGUUUCAAAGCUAAGCUUGCAGACAGCCUUGAUGAGACUGAGACACUUGGAUCAACAGCAUUAAGAAAACAAGCUGCUCUUAUAGCUGAUGAUCCAAAAUACAAAGGGAAAAGAACAUCUAGAAAUGAACUCUAUUCUGAUGAAGAAGAAUUUCAACAAGAAGAUUCCAGUAUUGAGAAUGGCAAUGAAUCAAACAGUGAAGAAGCCAGUGACAAUUCAGAUUACUUUGAGGCUGGUGAUAAUGAAAGCUUAAAUGAAGAUGAUGAUGGUGGUGAUGCUGGUGGUGAUGAAGAGGAUGAUGAUGAAAGUGAGGAUAUGGAUGAUAAAAAUGGAACAGAAGAAGAAUCUGGUGCAGACAGUGAUGAAGAAAAGGAAGAAGCUGCUGUUGCCAUUGUGCCACAAACAAAAUCUGAUGACAGAGAAAAAGGACAUGCUGUUUCUUUUCAGUUAGGUAUUUGGGAUGAUCUUAUUAAAGGUAGAAUUGCACUUCAGAAAAUGGUGGCUGCCUGCAAUCGUCUCCCUCUGCCAGAAACAUGGCCUGAUUUCAACAAGGACAGUAGUUUCAGAACUGAAGCUAACAAUGUUCACAGUUCAGUCAGGAAACUCAUGUCAGCAUUGCUAGAGUUACAGGCUUUACUUUUGACUAACCAAGAUACAUUGGCUAAAAAUAAAAGUAUACCAGGAGAUUCUGAUGAGGAGAUAACUAGUGAAUCAGAGACAGAGGACAGUGGAACUACUAAACCCAAGAAUGAAGAUGAUGAUAAUGUGGAAGAAAAUAUGGAUAUAGAUGUUGUUCCUAAAGAUGGGAAAAGGGAGAAAAAACAGAAAAGAAAGUUAAAUGUUGAAGAGAUGGAGGAAAUUAUUUCCAAACAUCACAAAGAUUUCCAGUCUGUUAGAAAUAAUACACUGUCAAAAUGGGAUGAAAAGACCAGAUUGGCGUCUGGGAAAAUCAAAGCCAAAAACUUUGCUGCUUUUGAGAUGUCUGUCUUGAAACAAAUAGAGCAGGUUCUUGCUAACAGAGAGAGGUUGGUGAAACGUCUACACCAGCAGCGUUCAUUAUACAAAAUUCUUGGCCAACAAGAACAAGUCAAUGAGGUGAAAACUAAAGAUGAGGCAGAAGUAGAAGAUUGGGAUGAUGAGCAAGACAUAGAGUUAAAGUUAAAACACAAAAAUAAACAAGAGUUGGCCUUGAACACAGAGAUUGUAGAUGACUGUGAUUUUUAUCAUGUUUGCUUGAGGGACUUGAUUGAAAUGAAACAAAAUGAGGAAACUGAUCCAGUCACUGCUAGCAAACAAUGGCUAGAAAUUCAGCGGUUAAGAAACAAACAGAAAAGAAAAGUCGACACAAAGGCCAGCAAGGGGAGAAAAAUCAGGUAUAAUGUCAAGGAGAAACUGAAAAAUUUUAUGACUCCCUUUGACAAGUCUUUAUGGUCUGAUGAACAAAAGGAUGACUUGUUUAAAUCUCUUUUUGGAGGACACAGCAGCCAGACUACAACUCAAGUUCAACAAGAUGUUACAUUUAACAUUGGUCUUUAACUGCAUUUUAAAUUACAUGAAUGCUGAAACCCAA